AUGUCCCCACUUUAUUUGGCGCACUCUGUCCAAAUGCCUACACCUCCCCCUCCAGCUCCAGUUACAGCCGCCACCCCUCAAUAUGCAGCUGUCAAAGUAGACCAUCUGGACCCUUACAAGGGGAAGAGGAUGUUCACUACCCAAACAGAAAUCCUCUUGUUCUUGCUGAUGAACAUGGAUGAUGCUGCCAGCAUGUGGGCCCACCCACAUCUAGACCUAUUAGGGUCCCAUUGCGCAAUCAUCCAGAAUACAGAUGACUUCAAAAGGGAACUCCUGGGCUUUGGGGAUCCAGGCGCCACAAGGGCAGCAGAAAAUCACAUUGCCCACACAGACUGGCACAUGCGCCAAUUAUAUUACUAA